AUGGUGUCCGCCGGGCUGCUCCGGUACCUGGCGGCCGUGUGCGCGCUCUGUGCGCCCCUGCAGCUGCCGCAGGCUCAGGCGUCUUAUUACCCCCCCCACAGCGGAGAGUGUCGAGGCAAGGGGAAGGAGUGCACAGACCUGUCGGAGAAGAAGAGCGACCUGCGGGUGUGCGAUGACUCCUCCUGUCGCUUCGGAGGCGUCUGCAGAGACGACGGCGCUCAGCUCAAAUGUGUCUGCCAGUUCCAGUGUCACAAAAACUACAUCCCUGUGUGUGGCUCCAACGGCGACACCUACCAGAACGAGUGCUACAGGCGCCAGGCGUCCUGCAAACAGCAGAGACUCAUCUCCCGGGUGUCCGACGGCCCCUGCUCCGCCGAUCCCGGCUCCGGUUCAGGAGACGGAGACGACGAUGAAGGUUCAGGAUCAGACGUCGGGAAGAAGUUCACCAAGUGCAGCACGUGUAAAUACGGAGCCGAGUGUGACGAGGACUCGGAGGACGUGUGGUGCAUCUGUAACAUCGACUGCAGCGGCCACAACGAGAACCCGGUGUGUGCCACCGACGGAAACUCCUACAACAACCCCUGUCUGGUCCGGGAGGCGUCGUGCAUGAAGCAGGAGCAGAUCGACGUCAAACACCUGGGCCGGUGCCCCGCUGAUAAAGAAAAACUGGGGAAGAAAGACGACAGCAGCCCUUUCAAAAUAAAUGUCUUAGAAACCACAGGUCUGGACCACGGGGACGGUUUCUACGCUGGGAUGCCGAUCCCCUGCGCCGACAGCUACGCCAGCUCCUGCGUUCACGGGAAAUGUGAGAUCAAGUACAACAUGGCCACCUGCAGAUGUGACUCGGGUUACAAAGGUCCGCAGUGCGACGAGCCUCAGGACUUCAACAUCCUGUACGUGGUCCCCAGUGGACAGAAGCUGCACUACGUCCUCAUCGCCGCCAUCAUCGGUGCCGUGCAGAUCGCCAUCAUCGUGGCUGUGGUGAUGUGCAUCACAAGGAAAUGUCCAAAAAACAACCGAGGCCGCCGACAGAAACAAAACCUCGGACACUUUCCCUCGGACACUAACUCCAGGAUGGUAUAGCCGUGUUGCCGGUCGUUCUUUUUGAUAUGUUUUUUCUUACGGCGUGGGAAAGCCAUUUUUUUAACGGUAGAUGUGAGCUAUUGAUUGUUUAUUUUCUCCUGGGAAACCGUCGAGAAGAAGAAUCUGAAUAUUUGUUUUCCGGGGCCUUAUCGUCUCUCCUUUUUGUUCGGAUGGAAAUUUUGGCACAUUCAUAAAUUUAGAUUUAGUUUUU